UAAAUUUCCUGUCGGGGGCCCCUGAGUGUUAGCCUAGAUAUGUUACUACCGGGACAACAUUGUACCUAUGUUUAAUAUCUGUCCGUUGUCACCUACGAAGUAACUGACAAAUGAGGAUGUAAGAUUUUAGACUCCAUGGCCAAACUCCAAGAGGUCAAUCUGAAGGACUUUGGGAUUUCUACGACACUCGGUUUUCUUCUCAGCAGACCGUUAGAAAAACUUCCGGAAUAUUUUGAGUCCUGGAAUUCACUAGCAUCAGAGGCGCCGAUUUUGGCGAGUCGUGACAAAACACUACGGGAAAGAGUUCAAAGGCUGCCUUUAUUAGACCACGAACGCCUCACCACGUAUCGUGAGCUACGGUUAGCCCACCUCAUGUUAUGCGCCAUCGCUACCGGAUACAUAUGGCAGGAAGGAGACCAGGGAGUUCCGAAAGUGUUGCCCCGUGCCCUGGCUGUGCCGUGGUGUGGAGUUUCCAGGCGGCUCGGCCUUCAGCCAGUAAUAAAUCACGCCACAUUCUGUCUUGCAAACGCCAAAAUCAAGAACCCAGAAAGGCCUGUCGACUUGUCUAACUUGAGGUGUGUUUACGAGGUGGUGCCGGGUGGAAGACAGGCUGAAUGGUUCAUCAUAGUCACCGCCAUGAUAGAACAUGACUUCGCUCCCGCCAUUACGAUGAUCAUGGAAGCCAUUUCCGCUGCAGACAAAGAUGACGUCACCAUGUACAAGAAAUCAAUGGCGGGAAUCAGAGAUGUAAUAAACAAAAUGAAGAAUACAUUCUCAAGAAUGCAUGAUGAAUUAGACGCAGACGUCUUUUAUAAUGUCCUGCGUCCAUAUCUAAAUGGAUGGGGAGGGAAUGGAUCGUCCCUCCCGGAGGGUUUAAUCUACGAGGGGGUCUCAGACGAACCCCAGAAGAUGAUUGGGGGUAGUGCUGCACAAAGCAGUUCGCUACAGCUAGUAGACGCUGCCUUGGGGAUAAAGCACGAUAAAGAUAUCGAGGAUUUUUUGAACAAAAUGCGUUCCUACAUGCCGCCUAAACACGUGGAGUUUAUAGAGAUGAUUUCUAGACAGACCAACCUCAGGCAGUACGCAGCAGGGGACCGCGGAGGGGACAUCAAACUCUCCUAUAAUGAAGCAGUUCAGGCAGUCGUUAACUUCCGGUCCUAUCAUAUACAGAUCGUCACCAAGUACAUCAUAAUUACGUCAAACAAGGAAUCAAGAAGCCGAGACUACGAGUCCGUGUCCAAGAAAGGCACAGGCGGAUCCAGUUUGGUUCCAUUCUUGAAGUGUAUACGUGAAGCUACAGUUAGAACACUCAUAGACUGAAGGUUGUAGUAUUACUUUAAAUUGGACUCCUUGCAGCAACAACUUUACAUGUUAAUAAAAUUUCCAGCAGGACAACAUCAACAAGGGAUCAAAAAUUAUAAUCUAAAAUGAUACUAGUUUAUACUUAAAUAAAACAUUAUUAUCUUA